AUGUCGCAAGCUGAUGGAGGUCCCCGGCUCUUUGCCCACGAGCCUCGACAGACCCCCCGCGACAUCCAUCAUCUUCCCGACGAAGUUCUUCUCAUGGUGAUCAAGGCGCACUUCCACGACAGCGAGGUUGAAGAGGGAUGGGGAGAUCCGUGGUCGAACAUCAGGGCGCCGCUGCGCAACUCAGAGUGGAUGGCCGUCAUGAGCGUGUGCAAGCUCUGGCGUGACCUGGUCUGCUCCACCGGGACCCUAUGGAGCGCCAUCUGCAUUGAGGGCAACGUCGAGUGGCUCGGCGUGCGGCUGUCGCGUGCUGGACACUCGCCAGUGGACCUGUACGUUUGGGCUGACCUCGAGACAGAACCUCCUUGCUCGUCCCUGGACGUCCUCGCUCGGCGGUCCCCACAUGUCCGGUCCAUAUCCUUUGUGUACGAAAUCCCGGAAACCCUGCAGGAAAACACAUGCUCCUGGGAAGCCUUUCAUCAUGCGCUAUAUGCUGGUUGUGCUUCCACCGCGACAUCGGUGCUCUACAAUGCUGGGCCACCCACGACGACCCUCAAUCCAUUCCUACUUCAAUCACUUGAGACAGAGCGGUUGCCUCACAUUACGACGAUGGUCAUAGUCGGAUCCGGGCCGCCGACUAGUCCCGCUCUCUACGCUCGACUUGAAGUCCUCGAGCUGCUGACCGCUUGGCAAGACGAUGACGACUACGCGUGGCCGACCUCAUGGGAGAGUAUCAGAGCCAUCCUCUCUCCCUUCAUCGGGCGCGACCCCGCGAAUCCGCCCGUGAUUUUCUUGCCACACCUCGAGAGCCUGACUCUUCUCGGCAACGAUUCACGUGCACCGUUCCUAUGUGCAGCCUUCCUCUCCACCCUCCGCCUUCCCGCCCUCGUCGAACUCCUCAUGGAAGACAAUUUGUCGAGGAUGAUCGAGACAAACUUGCACUUGGAAUAUUCCUUCGACGAAAUGCUCCCCGCCACGUACUACCACCACAACCUCCACACCGGCUUUCCGGCCCUCCGUGGCCUGAACGCCAUGUCCAUUCGCAGCACCACGCUCACCUACAGCCUCGUCCUCCGCGAGCAAGCAACCGCCGAGCCGCCCCCCGCCACGCCCGCCACCGCCUUUGGCCAAGCGGACGUGCGCCCGCACCCGCUCGUGCACCUCGUGCUGUGCGAGGACGAGUCGACGAGCGAGCACACCGCGUACCAAGAGCGCUUCCAUCGGCUCCUCCACGGAGUCGUGUGCGGCGCGGCGCCCGUCGUCGUCGGGCUGCCCAUCACCGCGCUCACGCUCGACGUGACCCAUUCCGACGUCGACUCCGCCGACCCCUGGAUGGAGCUCUUCGUGGCGCUUCCCGCGCUCGCGGCGCUGCACAUCGCCGGCUCCAUGGGCUGCGGAGCCGCACUGGCUGCGCUCGCGACCGACGGGCUCCCGCGGCGGGCGAUGGAGGAGUCAGAGCAGGCGCAGGCGGCGGCGGCGGCGGCUACCGGGGCCGCGGUGUGCCUUUUGCUCACGCGCCUGCGCAUCGGGGGGCCGCACGCGAUGGUCACCGCGGACGAUUCGACGUUCCGGACGCUCGAGGAGAUGCUCGAGUGGCGCGCAGCGCACGGGGCGGCGCGGAUCGAGGAGCUCGAGGUCGGCUUGUUGCACGAAGGGCGUACUGGAUUUACAAGCGAAGACGAACACUAUCUUUGCCUUUACUUGGCGAGAUACUCUCCUGAUGGGAAGGGCAGGGCAGGGAACAAGCUCUAUCAGGUCCUAGUGGAGAACCCGGAGAGGAAGUGGAAGUGGUCCCAGAGGCACACGUGGCAGUCAUGGCGGGGCCACUACGUCCACGCAGACAACCGCGCACGCAUGGACAAGAAAAUCGCAUUGCUGGUGAAGAGAGCCCAACAGUCACAGAGCGGUACGCCUGGAUCGUCCACAUCGGCGCCCUCCCCCACCUCUGCAUCGAGAAGAACGAUUCAGACACCGCAAGCACAAGUGGACUAUACAAACAUGGACAACCAGACCCUCAUCCAGCACCCCUUGUCGAGUGGUCCAUCGCGUGGCAGUCACCUCGGAUUGGGUCUGAAAAACGUGUGUGUCUCCCUCUGUCUCCUGCGUACAUUCGGUUCACCACUCGCCGUCGAGCAGCGCGAGGCUGGCGAUGACGAGGACAUCCCCAUGCCCAAGGGUGCGGUCACGACAGUUAAAGACUACGUCGCACGCAGGCCGUCCUCCCAAAGGGCGAAACCCGCGCCCGCGGACAAGCGGAAGCGGGUCCGCGACAUUCAAGAUGAGGCACCUCCUAAGAAGAAGAUCCGCGUCGACGUGGAGGCUAUGCCACCGCGGAAGAAACCAAGCUCUGUGCGACGGGGUUCGGGAGGUGGCGCGCCUGUGGAAGCCUCCGGUGACGAGGAAGACGGUGCCGUCGACAUCCCCCAAACACAGCAGGAGGCUCAUCUGGACAUAUCCGGCCGCGAUGUGGACGAUGUAGAGGAAGCCCGAGACCCUGCCACGGCGUCCGAAGCAUCGGACGAGGAAGUCGAAACGUUGAAGAUGUUGACGGAUCAGCCAAUUCUCCGUGACGAGCUCGACGAGAGACAUGAUGACGAUGUUGGGGACAAUUCGUUCGCAAAUCCAACCGUUGUGGGCCCAAGGGUUGUCGAGGUUGCGGAGGCUGUCGAGGGAGUUAUCCCCGUUGUUGAAGAGCUUCGCACGAAGCGCUCGGAUGCGUUUGCAUCAGGCGCUUCACCCCCACGACGGAAGAGUCACGAACGCCCCCGACCCGAGGCCGAGGCCGCACCGAACCCGCCAAUCUCACCCACACCAGACCGGGCGAAGGAAAGGCACCACCGGGAACGAAGCCACUCUCCCGCCCCUCGUCGCAAACACCCUCGGCGUAUCCACCAUCAGAAACGGGAAGAGAUCACUUUCGCCACUCCGGAGCCAGAGGCCUCCUCGUCAUCCGUUCCUCCUUCUACGGGUAGCUCUCCGACUGCCCAGGUUUCCAAGCGUCGGAAUAGCCAACCUGAUGCUCCGUGCGAUCCGUCUCCGAGACUCAAGGAGCCUCCGCGGCUGGACGAAGGUGCUUUCAACAAGGCGCUCUCCGAUGCGAAGGGCAAGACUCGUGUCGAGCUGGGUGGCAAGGCUCGAAGACGCAACAUCGAAGAUGAACCGGAGACCAGCGACAUGGAAGACACGCUAGAGGACGACGAACCAGCCCCUGUACCCGCACGACAAGUUUCAGCGUGGCCCCCGGUGCGUGGGGGAACGCGACGAGACCCCGGUCCCUCUACUCCGGCACGCGCGUCGAGAGCCGAUGGGAACGCUCGCUUGCCCAGUUCAAGCCAAAUCGUCACCACCGAAACCGUCAUUGUGCAGAGGACGCGCACUGUCGAGCGCAAAGUACCACGAGGGUCGAAGAGAACGCCUUUCCCGCGGUCCGCUCGCGCACCUACAGCCGUCGAACCCCCAUCCUCACCCGUGCAGCAACCUGUUGACGACGACCUCAAGGCGGACGAGAUAGACGUCGACCGGCCGCAGCAUCAUCCCUUUAGUCAACCUCACCACCCGUUCAGCCAGCCCCUCAGCCAGCCGGUAUUCGCCCCGCGUCUUGGGGCUUUCUCCAGGGCCAACUCCACCAGCUCCGCGCCUUCCCUUCCCUUGAUCCCCGGUAGGAACGAUGCGAAACCCAACCUCGAACAACUGCUCAACGCCGAUCGAAAGCGUCCUUUGACUGCUCCAUCGAAUAUGGGACACGAUGCCAAGCGGCCGAAGUCCACGGGACCUCUCCCUCCUCUCAAUGGCGCUCGUCUCGAGAGUUUAUUGGAUGCGGGCAGGAGCCAUGGCGAGCUGCCGAGCGGAGCCGAGGCCAGCGGCGCCGAACGAAGAUCUACCCUUUCGGCGAAACUGCCCAGCGGAAAGCACACCGGCGUGCAUUUUGAACGAAUCGCGGACCAUUCAAUGCCGCAACCGUGUUCUCUCGUCGACAAGGGUGACUCGCACUCCUCCCACCAAUCCUUCGACGACCUGAAACCCCAAGAGUCCUCAUCCCGCAUCGAGAUGCCCGCCCCUCUCCCGCAGCCGUCGAAGAGCGUCGGGCACACGCGCCGCCACUCUCUCGGCGCCUCCGUCACACCAGACAUCUUCUACGACCACCCGGCGCGCCACUCGACCGACCCCCGUGCCCGACGCACCUCAUCCGGCCUCCAGUCGGGCUCCAGCCUCGGCAGCGACGGCCUCUCGCGCGAGAACUCCUUCCAGUUCCUCUUCCCGUCCGCACGCACCAUCACGCUCCCGCCCGCGUCCGCGUACCUGCCCGGGGCGGGCACGUCCCUGUCGUCGCCGCGCGCGGCGGACGCGCGCUUCGUCAACACCGUGCCCCCGGCGGAGCGCGAGCUGCUGCAGGCGUACGUGAUGCAGCUCGUGGUGCAGACGAUGGCCCAGAACCACGGCUUCCACGAGGACAUCGUGCGGCGGCUGUGCGAGGAGACGCGCUCGUUCGCGAAGGCAGACAGGCGGCUCCUGGCCAUGCGCGAGGGCGCUAGCGAGGCGCUGGACCGGUUCGACGACUCCGACGAGGAGGCGGGGGCGCAGGAGGAGAAGGACGGGGAAGCGGGAACUGUCAGUGGCGCCAGCGACGCGUCGAACCGUACGGGCUCGAAGGAUGCGGCGGAAGUCGAAGGCGUGCUCAGCCAGGACAGAUGGCUGCGCGGCGAGCUUCCCCAGGCGGAGAGCACCCGGAUUCAAGCCUCGCCACCCCCGGCGGUGCCCCAGCGCGGACGCGUCAGCUUUGGCGGGCGCGGCCUGCUGCGCAUCACCCCCGUGGCCGCGGACAGCGAGUCGAGCGUGGACGUGGAUUACUCCCCUCCGAAGACUUCACGCGCGCAUCGCCAUCUCCGGGAGCUGCAGCGGAGUGGGGAGGAUCCGGUGGAUGCCGGCGUCGAGCUACCUGCCGUUGACCGGGUAAAGUGGAAGGGUCGCGCAGAGGAGGUGCGCGAGGUCGAUCUCAAGGACAUGCUGUCGUACGGCAAAGAGGACUGGUGUCGGCUGGAGCGGAUCGACGGGCCUGGGGGUGCGAAGAAGGCUUUCGGAAAGGCCCUCGCGAAGCUGCUCUGA